GAGGAGCUAAAAAGAAAAAAAGGCACGCGCACACUCUCUGACAUCCCACAUCAUCACCAUCAUUAUCAUCUCUUCCGCACGCUCACUGUAAGCACUAGCCAGGCCUGUUCUGAGCAGGGGACCCCAGCCAAUUCAUUGCCCACCAUGGAUGUAUUUAUGAAAGGGUUCUCUAUGGCCAAGGAGGGUGUGGUAGCUGCUGCAGAGAAGACCAAAGCAGGGAUGGAGGAGGCAGCAGCCAAAACCAAAGAAGGGGUGAUGUAUGUAGGGAACAAGACAAAGGAAGGUGUUGUGUCAUCGGUAAACACAGUGGCCAACAGGACCGUGGACCAGGCCAACAUCGUCGGAGACACAGCAGUGGCCGGAGCCAACGAGGUGUCUCAGGCAACCGUCGAGGGGGUUGAGAACGUCGCUGCAUCAACCGGGAUGGUCAGUCAGGGAGAGUACGGAGGGAUGGAGCAAGGUGGCGAAGGAGGAGAGGGCUACUAGUCUUCUUCAGGACCCUUCAGCUUCCCCUCGCCCUCCUCGCCUCGCCUCGCCGUACCAGACUCCAGCUGUUCAGCAACAUUUUUUUUUUUGUGACUUUUCGGAAUCAAAACCAGAACAGACUCUUCCAGACGCAACACCUCUGCUUCCCCGUGCCACCUCUCUCCUCACUGUCUAGUUCCCUGUAGCUUUCCCUCUGCUUCCCUCGUUGCACCCUUGCCUCACCUGUGUGUUCGUGUAGAUAAACCCUUGUUGUCGUUGCCACCCGACUGAGAAAUUUCAAACGCCCUUACCCAAACACAGAGAGAGACUAACUGGAAUAAUGUGCCAGCAUGACACACCCACAAACAAUACAUACCAUAAAUACCAGCAGACCACACACCAGGCAAACAAGUAGCUGUAGGACAUUACAAGAGAGGCUUGUCUAAUUGAAGAAAAAUUAGUCAUUCUGAAACUUAAGGAGCUGCAUGAGAGGGUGUGAGUGUGCUGCAGGCCAAGUGUUUAGUUCAAGCUCGUGUGCAUGUGUUGUCAGCAGGGAUAUGUGCAUUAAAGAUGUGUGCUUCAGUUUGUGACAGUAGAAUGCAUGAGCAGAUGUUCCCCACGGUGUUCUCUAUAGAAUGGCUGUUCUGUGUUGCAAAGUGCAGCUUUGUGUGUAUAUGUUCGCUUCAGCAUUUAGGAACAGGGUUAGCGCAGUAGAAGUGGUCAAAGUGUAACGUGAUGUUAUGCAUGAGCAUUUUCCGAAGCCUGUCCAUGCCGUAAAGUGUUUGUGUCUGCAAAGUGUGGGUAAGAGGAAAGAUCUUUGAGCGUUCCACAAUCAGAUUUUUGCUUACUGGUUAGAUUUGGGUGAAAAGGAAGCUUCCCUGCAACUUUGGACAAUUUAUUUGUCCUUUAAAGUAAAUAAUGUUUCAAUGAAAACUUGCACAUAAACAAAAGCCUCUGGAGCUCCAGGUGGCUGGUGAAAAAACUUUGACUGGUCACCUUAAGCCAUUUUAUAAUCAUUCCUAGCUUGAAACCUAUGACCACAAUAGCUCACAUGUUGGCAUCAUUAGGUGACAAGUUUGGGCCUUCCAGCGCCAAUGACCCAAAUAUUGAACUGAACUGGGCCGCCUUUGGUCUUCUGACUGCAGCUUAGAUGAAGGCAUCAGAACCGAAGACGUCUGUUGGAUCAGAAGUUUAACAUCUUCUGAAAACAUGAGAAGCCCGUUUGGUUUCUACUUGAGAAUUUAAACCAAUGAUAAACAAUUGUAUCUAGAAUCUUUAAAAAACAAUUUAAACAAUUUAAAUUUCAUGCAUCAAAAUUAAUAAAAAAUAAUUAAAACAGGAGUUAUUGGAUCCGGUAUCAGCUUGGUGCUGGCCUGUCAUUCAAUCUUUCUGCAAAAUAAAAUUGUUUCAAGGUAAAUUUGACCUUUGUAUUAAAACAAAAAAACCUCAUAUUACCUCAAUCCUGACUGUUUGAGGGGAAGAAUCAACUUGGAUCAUAUCUUCCAAAGGAAUUAAAUCGAGGUCAGGAUUUUCUAAGCUUCACAUUGAAAUGGCAGAAACCAAGUCCUCAUUUCUAGUAAUACAUGUCCUGAUUUCAGCAACAAAAAACCAUCGAUGUAUCAGUGUAAAAAUAUUCAUCAAAAAGAAAGGAAUUAAGUUUUUCUUGUAGCAAAGCUCUGUGUGUUUAUCUGCGCUGAAUGUCUCCCCUCUCUGCUGUCUAGGCCAAUCAGAUAGCCCCUUCCCCUGUAGCUGAGAAUCACACCAUUGAUUAUCCACCCAGCGCUUUAGGAGUGUGCGUAAGUGUAUGUGUGAGUCAUAAUAGAGGAUUUACCAGAAAAGCGUGUGUAUAUUUUUAUUUUGAAGGACAACAGAAACCAACGACUGCAUGAUGCCUUACAGAAGAACGACACACACAUUCAAAUGCACAGGCACACAAACACA